ACUCAGGAAUGUCCCUCUGGUCGUAUGCGGGAGCACGAAUUCCGGCAUGUUCUCUCCGCAAUAAUCUCACCGGAAAGGGCUACCGAUCAGUACAUUUCCCGACUUUUCCAAGCGUUUUCGACCGAUGACAAAAAGUCAAUCACUUUCCAGGAGUUCCUCUCUUUUACUCAAGCAGUAUUCGGUUUGAAUGAAGGGAAAGAGGGAGAAUACUGUGACGAAAGUAACGGCACUCACGAAAGGAAUAAGGAAACUGUACAGCAGCGUGCAACGACAAUAUUCAAUGUGAGUCAAGAAAGAAUUUAG